UUGCCACACAAUACUUGAUAGAUAAACAUUUGUACAAACGGCAUCUUCAAUACAAUCAAGCAGGCGACGCUUUUCCCGACGUCAAAUAAAAAAAAAAAACAAAUUAUCGAUUUUGGGACUCACGUGAAGGCCGGAAAGUGUUUUCCAAACUCCGACGGUCUGAACGUAUUAUAAAUAAACUUCGCCAAGUGCAAUAAACCCAAAAAGAGGGAAGAAUGGCAGCCAAACGGAAUACUGUCACCACAGACGUGCCGGAAUCAUCUGUCGCGCCAGCUGAAGGAACCGCCCUCACCCUGGACCCACGCUUAUCGCUCCGCGUCGACAGUGUCAUACCCAAAAAGCGCCACGAGGCGUUGAAGUGGUUCGGCUGGGGCUACAACGACUCGCAGUUCUAUGGCCAGAAUGGCAUCAUCUGUUUUCGGGGCGACAAAUACCCCUUGGGUGGAUGCGAGCUGCCGAGCUUUACCAAAUGGGUGGAGAAAAAGUUCGAGCUUACUGUGGACCCCAGAAAGCCGUAUCCCCAGCUGCCUCAGACGUACCCAAGGCCCGUGGAGAAUGCGCCCUUCCUGAGCGAGCUGCGCGGCAUCACCAAAGUGGAGCACUCGCUGGAAGGCAUCGACCGACUGAUUCGAUGCCAUGGCCAGACCCUGAACGACAUCUACAGCCUGUGGCACAACAAAUUUCAACGCAUACCCGACGUGGUGGUGUGGCCGCGGAGCCACGAGGAUGUUGUCCAGCUGGUCCAGCUGGCCCACAAGCACAAUGUGAUGAUGGUGCCUUAUGGCGGGGGCACGAGUGUGUCCGGGGCAAUCACCUGUCCGCAGGAGGAGAAGCGAACGAUUUGUGCCUUGGACACGUCCCAGAUGAAUCGACUGCUGUGGCUGAACAGGAAGAACCUCACCGUCUGCUUUGAGGCGGGCAUUGUGGGGCAGGAUCUGGAGCGAGUGCUACGCGAGCAGGGACUCACGGUGGGUCACGAGCCCGACUCCUACGAGUUCAGCACCCUCGGCGGCUGGGUGGCCACCCGGGCCUCGGGCAUGAAGAAGAACGUAUACGGCAACAUCGAAGAUCUCGUGGUGCGGGUGCGCAUGGUGACUCCGAGCGGAACCCUGGAGCGUGAGUGCAGUGCUCCGCGCGUGAGCUGCGGUCCGGACUUCAAUCACGUGAUUCUUGGCUCGGAGGGAACGCUGGGCGUGAUCACGGAGGUGGUGCUGAAGGUGCGUCCCCUGCCAGCGGUCAAGCGCUACGGUUCCCUCGCCUUUCCCAACUUCGAGCAGGGAGUUCUUUUCAUGCGAGAGGUGGCCCUGCGCCGCUGCCAGCCCGCCUCCGUCCGGUUGAUGGACAACGAGCAGUUCAUGUUCGGACAGGCGCUCAAGCCGGAGAAAAGCUGGUGGGCCAGUCUCGUGGAUGGACUGAAGCAGCGCUAUGUAACCGCCUGGAAGGGCAUCGAUCUUAGCGAGAUCUGUGCCGCCACUCUGCUCUUCGAGGGCGACCUCAAGGAUGUGCAGCGUCAGGAGUCCAUCAUUUACGAGAUCGCAGCCAAGUUCAAGGGCUUUCCAGCUGGCGGACAGAAUGGCGAACGCGGCUACAUACUGACCUUUGUGAUUGCCUACAUCAGGGAUUUCGGUCUGCAUCAGGGCAUUGUGGCGGAAUCAUUUGAGACAUCGGUGCCCUGGGAUCGUUGCAGUCUGCUCUGUCGAUCUGUCAAGCAGCGUGUGGUGUCGGAAUGCUACAAGCGUCAGAUUACAUUCUACACGAUAUCGUGUCGUGUGACCCAGACCUACGAUGCCGGUGCCUGUAUCUACUUUUACUUUGGCUUUCGCUGCGUGGACGUGGCCAAUCCUGUGGAGCUGUUCGAGGCCAUUGAGCACAGUGCCCGCGAUGAGAUUCUCUCCUGCGGCGGCUCGUUGUCCCACCAUCAUGGAGUGGGCAAGAUUCGCAGUAGCUGGUAUCGCAAUGCGGUCACCGAGACGGGCAGUGCUCUGUACUCGGCGACCAAGCGGCAUCUCGAUCCAAAGAAUAUCUUUGCCCUGGGCAAUCUCCUGCCGCUGGAGGAGGAUACGCAGAAGCCAGCACCAGCACCACCUUCAGCACCACCACCGAAAGCCAAACUGUAGAGUAUUUUCCGUAGAGUUGUGUAUUCCGUGUGCUAUUCUAAAUCCCAUUACUGAUUUCCUAUUAGCUUUUGUGGUUUGUGUUAUUUUUGUAACGGGCUCAUGUUUUCAAUGAGUUUUUAUAAAUAAAUGGAAUAAUAUUUGUAACU